AUGCCAGAGCAGGAGAAAUCUUAUAGACUGUGUCCAGUCCGUGUUCUUCAGACUUACAUCCGCCGCACUAGCCAGUGGCGGAAUCUUGCUCUUAAUGCCUGGGUGGUGCAGUCCUCCUUAGGAAACUCACAGGGAGCUGCUGAACAUGCAGUAGAUGGAAACAGAGACUCAAAUUACGCGAAGGGCUCAUGCACCCUCACUAAAGUGGAGUUUAACCCAUGGUGGAGAGCUGACCUUGGAAACGUCUACAGUAUAAGCAAUGUUUCUAUCACUAAUCGUGGAGACUGUUGCAAAGAACGACUCCGAGGAGCUCAGAUUCGUAUUGGUAACAAGCUGGAGAACAACGGAAACAACAAUGAGCUGGCUGCAACUGUUCUUACUGUUCCUAAUGGCACAGUAACAUUUGUGUUUGAGCCGGUUAACGGACGAUAUGUCAACAUAUUUUUACCUGGGAACGAUGAAAUCCUUACUCUGUGUGAAGUCGAGGUGUUUGCAGGUGAGGGAGGGAAUCUUGCUCUUGGAGGCAAAGCUGUUCAGUCCACCACAAACAGUGGAUUAGGAGUUGCUCAAAAUGCUAUCGAUGGUAACAGACAGUCAAUUCAAGCGCUCGGGUCAUGCAGUGUGACUAACGGGGACAAGGACCCCUGGUGGAGAGUUGACCUGCUGGACGUCUACAGGGUAACCAGGGUUAGCAUCACUAAUCGUGGAGACUGCUGUGAAAAGAGGAUCGAGGGUGUUCAGAUCCGUAUCGGAAACAGCCUGGAGAAUAACGGCAACAAUAAUCUCCUGGUUGUGACUGUUGGGCCCAUCCCACUCGGAGACACAAAAACAUUUGAGUUUAAGCCUGUUAGCGGGCGAUACGUCAACCUUAUUGUGCCUGGACGCAAUGAAUACCUCACUCUGUGUGAAGUUGAGGUUUAUGCAGAAUUCGAUCAUGAGAAAGUACCUCCAGAGAAAGGAAGUGAAGCAGAUUUUGGAUUCAAACGUGCCUUGAUGCCUUGUAAUGCUGCCUUUGAAUGCAGUAUUUUAGAGUUUUCUGAUGCAGUCGUCUUCUGUCAGUUCUCUUUCUGA